AGGCCCUGCCUUAGUCCGCGGAGGGCGACCGAAGAGAAGGACCACGCGAUCUGUUACCAUGGUACGGUGAGGAGUAGUCGGGCACGUACCUGGGCGUGGCACCUAAACAGGGUAUCGUAAUUGUUGUGUUUUAAGGAGAGUUUGGUCGCCCGCUGGAAGAAGCAAAACCUGCAUGGCAUUAUCUGCACCGCAUCGAGAUUUAUGGCGUGUUGGCCAUCUUCAAAGCCAACAUCGCCUCUCUUAUGCGAACCUUCACAUCCAGUUUCAGCAUGCUCUGCCAUUCACUCUUGAAGACUUUCAGCUCUAAUGGAGCCGACCACGAAUUUUCAGAUCAUUUCUGCAACAUGUGCCGACGCACCACGGAGUCAACCCCGUCACGGAACUCCAAUGCUUGCGGAUCAGGAACGGCAACAUCAUAUGGAAGUCCAAUGUCUCAUCUGCCUCACACGGUUGUGAACUCGAAUCUUGGUUCUCGACAUGAUACUUUUCGACUACAAUUCAACCGCUUCUUGGUCGAGGAUCCAUCCAUUGCAGUUUUUUCGGUCGGACAAGAAGCACCCAUCUCUGGUGUUUGGCGGGAUGAGGACCGCAGAGGCUGCUACGGGCUCAGUCUGGCAUAUGGGUGGGCGCAAAUCUUUGCCGCGCCGCGUUCUCGAUGCAACGUGACAAUGAGUGUUGGACGUCACUGGACACUUGGAGUGUCGAGCGAGGCGAUCCGGUAUUGGAGCGUUCAAGACGGUGUCAUACUGGUGGACUGGGGUCAGCUCUACGAAAAUUACUUUAAGCAAGUGGAAAAGACGAAGGACCGGCAAAGACCCGGAAGAUUCCCAGGACGGAGUCGUGGACAUGAUGAAGAGACUCUGCCCAACCGGCCUAGGGAACGGGUAACACGAGUCCGUUCCGAUCCUGCGACAGCGCGAUCAACAGCUCACGAGAUUGGUGCACGUUUCAGCAACGGUUUAAGGGUUGUGCGAGAUGCAAUUAGAAGUCGUGUUGGUGAAGGAGGAUCGAAGACAUCAGGGUCGGAGAGAAUCGCGCUUGCGCGUGUUCCCAUACUGUGGACAAACCCAAGUUAUCAAAGGCUACGAUAACGUAUAAUUGAGCGCCGGUAGAUGUAAUAGAGUUCAGGAAUGAGAAUGUCGUUGAUGUUGUCGCGAGAUUGAUGACGUCUGUGUAAACUCAGACGCGUGACGCGUG